CAUUAUCUAAUUGGCAUAACCACAAUUUUAACACCAUUCUAAUUGAAAUGUAUUCUUUGUCCGUUGCCUUUCCACAGAAACUGCAAAAACACUGUAUUUUAUUCCGGGCAAGUCGGCAUGGCAUUGAACGUUUGGAGAUAUUGGACAAGGAGGAUGACAAAAAUCCGAAGAUUGUCACAUUGGAAAAUUGUGUAAAAAUCACACAAGAGCCAACCAAUCAAAUCAAUAUCGUUAAAAAGACAAACGAAACAUGCACACUGUUCGCUCUCAACGAGGCAGAUCUGAAGCAAUGGAUUGAAGCGCUGCAAAGUGUUGCGUUCAAUGACAAAACAAAUCUACUGUCUCGCACUAAUUCGGUGAGGGAAGAGGAAAAUGAUCUCUACUGUACCUCGUACUCGGAUGGCAUAUUCACCGUAAAUUUACAAACGGCCGAUUCAGCCAAGCUCAAAUAUACCAUCGAGAAAAAUUUACAUAUAGAACCUAAUAAACCCAUACCGACCACAUUCACACUACAACUAACGGCGACGGAAAUUCAAUUGAAAUUUCUUGAUAUGAACGGAGUGAUUUUGGUCACACAGUGGCCGUAUCGAUACAUUCGAAAGUAUGGAUAUCGUGAUGGUAAAUUCACGUUUGAAGCGGGACGAAAAUGUGAUACGGGCGAAGGUGAAUUCAAGUUUCAGCACACAAAUCCACAAGAAGUGUUCCGGUGCAUGGCAGCCAAAAUGAAAUCAAUGAAAAAACUGAUCAACGGCGAUACGAUUGGCAGUUUAGACUGUGGCGAACAUCAAUUUAAUGCGGCUCUAUCGAUGGAGGCUGGCUCACGUUCACCAUUGCCACCGUCACCAAAUCAAAACUAUUCGGAUAGCACACAGAGUCAAAAUAGUCAUUUGUUGCACGGAUUUUUAUCAUCGACCGAUUCAUUGAAUAAUAUUUCCAUUAACACAUCGACCACAUCAAGCAUACCGCCGGCCAAUAUGAAAAUAACACCAUUGAAACCGCCACGAAAAUCCAUUCCGGGCACGGAAAAUAAUGGCAAACCCGUUCCACCGAAGCCAUCGCCAAAAUCAAAGUAUCAGGACUAUGAGCCCGUUUCAUUGGCCCAAACUGGCACAAAUGAACUAUCAAAACCAACGUCGAUUGUAUUGAAAUCCUCACCGCCGCCACCGUUGCCCACAUCUCCCAUUCCGAGUAACGGCAAUUUAUCUCAUUCGACCAUAAAAUCACCCGUUCACUCGCCCGUCGUUGAUCAACCACCACGAAUACCG